UUAGUUUGACUUGGGCAGAUUCCGGACGAAACAAGGCAAAGCUGUGGUUGGUUGUUCAUCUUGUCUUGUAGUCUCUUGGGCAUCUUUUUCGAAGUUUCUUGUAUAGCACUAAGCCUAAUGAUGUUUGAAAUAUUGAUAGAUCUGAAGAAUAUUCAAGUAUGAGUGAAAAGUGUCCUCCAUUGGAGUUCUCAGGCAGCUACUAUGAUUUCCAACAGGGAAUAGGGUGUGUGAGGCAGAGUAGUUUCUUCCAAGGAAAAGCAGUGCUGAAUCAAGGCCUCGGCUACGCCGUCAUCCUCGCCUUCGGUGCCUUUUUCGCCUUUUUCACUUCCUUCUUGGUGUGGUUAGAGAAACGAUAUGUUGGUUCACGCCACACGUCCGAGUGGUUCAACACAGCCGGAAGGAGUGUCAAAACAGGGCUUAUCGCCAGUGUGAUCGUAUCACAGUGGACGUGGGCUGCUACCAUUUUGCAAAGUUCCAAUGUUGCUUGGCAGUAUGGAAUCAGUGGUCCUUUUUGGUACGCUAGUGGUGCUACAAUCCAGGUACUACUGUUCGGAGUUAUGGCCAUUGAGAUCAAACGGAAGGCUCCCUACGCACAUACGGUUUGCGAGAUCGUAAAAGCUCGAUGGGGAAAAGCUGCACAUAUCGUCUUCCUUACGUUCUGCUUCAUGACGAACAUCAUCGUGACGGCGAUGUUGCUACUCGGUGGUUCCGCCGUGGUGAAUGCACUUACAGGGGUGAACAUGUACGCCGCUAGCUUCUUAAUACCACUUGGGGUAAUUGUUUAUACAUUAGCAGGAGGGCUUAAAGCCACCUUCUUGGCUAGCUACAUACACUCUGUCAUCGUUCACGUGGUAUUAGUUAUCUUCGUAUACCUAGUGUAUACGGCUAGCGAUAAGCUCGGUAGCCCCAGCAUCAUACACCACCAUCUGCAGGAAGUUGCCAGCAAGUUACGAGCAUGCACGGAGCCGAUUUCGCACGACGGACAGUCUUGUGGUCCGAUUUCCGGGAACUACAGAGGGUCUUAUCUCACAAUCAUGAGCUCAGGGGGUCUUGUUUUUGGGAUUAUAAACAUUGUUGGCAAUUUUGGCACUGUUUUUGUUGACAAUGGAUACUGGGUGAGUGCCAUUGCUGCUCGACCUUCAUCGACACAUAAAGGGUACUUAUUGGGAGGGCUUGUUUGGUUUGCGGUGCCAUUCUCAUUGGCAACAUCAUUGGGCCUUGGAGCACUGGCACUUGAUCUACCAAUAACAAUGGAUGAAGCAAGCCGUGGACUGGUUCCUCCUGCCACUGCUAUAGCUUUGAUGGGAAAAGGAGGGUCUCUUCUUCUCCUUACAAUGCUAUUCAUGGCUGUGACAUCUGCUGGUUCCUCUGAGCUAAUCGCUGUUUCCUCAUUAUGCACAUACGACAUCUACCGUACCUACAUAAACCCAGACGCCGACGGGACAAAAAUCCUCCGUGUUUCCAGAGCUGUCGUCUUAGGCUUCGGCUGUUUCAUGGGAUUGUUCGCUGUAAUAUUAAACAAGGCCGGAGUUUCACUGGGUUGGAUGUAUCUCGCCAUGGGAGUUCUCAUCGGCUCAGCAGUUCUCCCCAUUGCUUUCAUGCUUCUCUGGAGGAAAGCAAACGCCAUUGGAGCCAUCCUAGGAGCAAUCAUCGGUUGCAUAUUCGGAAUCAUCACUUGGUUAUCAGUGGCAAGCGUCGAAUAUGGCCGAGUAAACCUCGACACGACUGGUCGGAACGCACCGAUGCUCGCCGGAAACCUGGUUUCCAUACUUACAGGUGGAGCCAUUCACGGCGUGUGCAGUCUUUUAUGGCCUCAAAACUAUACCUGGGACACCACCAGGCAGAUAACAAUGGUGGAGAAGGAAGCAACUGAACUGCAUGAAGAAGAGUUCAAAGAGGAGAAACUGAAGAAAGCCAAAUCAUGGAUAGUGAAAUGGGGUGUUGGUUUAACGAUUGUCAUCGUCAUCCUCUGGCCUCUACUCACCAUUCCUGCAGGGGAGUUCGGUGUGAGGUAUUUCACAUUGUGGGCCGUGGUUGCCAUGGCAUGGGGCAGCUUGGGAUCGGCAGUUAUAAUUGGUUUGCCGUUAAUCGAAAGCUGGGGAACAAUAAAAAGUGUAUGCAGUGGCAUGUUUACAAACGAUAGGUUAUUGGAGAAGGUGGAGGAGAUGAACUUCAAGCUGAAUACUAUCAUGCUGGCAAUUCCUGAAGCCGAGAAAGCAUAUUUAAUGGACAAAGAAAACAAGAAGAAGUAGAAGACAUUGGAUCUAUAAAUACACCCAUUUAUGUUCUCCAAACAAACUCUUAUGCUGUCAUCAUAAAUCCGAUAUCACGGUAAAAGAAUAGCACAAAAGUUGAGAUGUAAU